UACUGUUUGAGAACAGUAAAUCAUUAGAAUGGCCGAUCUCAAUAAAGAGUUAAACGAGUAUCUUUUAAGAAAUAAAAAUGAUGAACGAUGUGAAAUAUCUAUGGAGACUGAGGCGAGUUCCUCACAGGAUUUUAGAAAAUGGUAUGGAAUAAUGCAUAAAAAUAGCGCAAACCAAAGAUGGUAUAAGGGACUCGGAGAAAAAUGUUUUUCUAGCAUGACAAGAAAGCAAAGAAUCGCGGCCUGUGCAUUAUGCGGUAUCUCAGGAUUUUUUUGCUUAUUAAUAUCUGCAUUUUAUUUGCCUGUACUUCUUAUAUAUGAAAGAAAAUUUGUCGGAUUGUACACCUUAGGAAGUAUAUUAAUGUUGUUAAGUUUGGCCUUUCUGUGGGGUCCAAGCAAUUAUUUAGAAUCUUUACUUUCACCUAAAAGAAGAUACUAUGCGCUAUCUUAUAUUACAAUGUUGAUAGGUACAUUGUAUUGUACGAUCUAUUUAAAAUCAAUGCCGUUAACAUUAUUGUGCUGCAUAUUAGAAUCCAUUGCUCUGAUUUUGUUUCUUACAUCGAGUUUGCCAGGUGGAACUACUACUUUAAAUUUGAUCAGCAGACUUUGUACCGGAAUGUUCACAUCAUCAAUUGGUACUACGCUCUCUGUAUAAUGUCAUAUCUUAGGUAUUGAGUACUACUCAUUUAUAAUAUUAAGAAAUGUUUAUUUUUAUAAUAUUAACAAAUUUUUGUAUAAAGCAUUUGAAUCUAUAGUUUCCAAAGAUUGUUCGAUGUUAUUCUAUCAUUGUUAGGGCAUAUCUGUGCAUCUGUUUGUAUAUAUUACAUCAGUACAUUCAUUUUCAUAUACAUUUUCGUCUAUAAAAUAUCUUCUAAGAAAAUUAACGAAUUUUAACAUUUUUUGUUUACGAUAAAACUAUUAUUGUACGAAAGCAAAUUCGUAUAAAUAAUAACAGAAAUUAUUAUUAGUUUUA